AUGGCGCAACUUCAAGACAAAGUCAUUGCCAUCACUGGCGCCGCGUCAGGGAUCGGCGCCGCCACCGCCCGUCUCGCCGCGGCGCGAGGCGCAUCCGGGCUGGCCCUGUCCGACAUCAACGAGGGGGCCCUCGCCAAGGUCGUCGACGAGCUCAAGGCCAAGGGCACCAAGGUCACGGGCACGCGCCUCGACGUGUCCGACUCGGCGCAGGUCGACGCCUGGAUCGCGGCCACGGUCAAGGAUUUCGGCCGGCUGGACGGGGCGGCCAACAUUGCGGGCGUCGAGGGCCCGCCGGGCGGCAAAGUCUUCCGGAACCUCGUCGACAUCAGCAACGAGCACUGGGAUUACAUCAUGCGCAUCAACCUGACCGGCGUGUUUUACUGUUUGAGGGCACAGCUCCGGGUCAUGGAACGGGGCGCCAGCGUCUUGAACGUGGCCAGUCUGGCCGGCGUCAUGGGCCGGCCGGGCAUUGGGGCCUACAGUACGAGCAAGCACGGCGUGGUCGGGUUAAGCCGCACGGCCGCCAAGGAGGUGGGCGAACGGGGGAUCAGGGUGAACGCGCUCGCGCCUGGCCCGAUCGAGACCCCCAUGUUGUCCAGGUUGUUGAACGACGGCGAUGCGACCGACCGGCCCGUGACCAACACGUACAAAACCUUACCUUUACAACGGCUGGGCACGGCCGACGACAUGGCCAAGACGAUUUGUUUCGUGCUCAGCGAUGAUUCAAGCUACACCACAGGCGCAACCUUCUCGGCAGACGGAGGUGUUGCCUGCUAA